ACUUUUAGCAUCUCUCUACGCUGAUUGUCGCAUAAGAUAGGUAGCAUCCAGUAGGUGUUAAUGAUAGUUCAUUUUUAACAGAUGAUAAACACAGCUGCGAAAUUAUUGUCGAGAAUGGUGAGCCAGCGCGUGCAGAAGGGCAUGGAUAUCACUGUGGGCAAAGUCACGUUGCCACAUAUGAGACAUCCUAUGGAGUGGGGCGAAGCCGUCGAAGGCCUGGCUGAAGCGGUCGUCGACAACCGCAUACACACAGACUGCGCUGACGUUCGACGCACCGGCGAGUUUCUUGCCCAUCGUAUACUGCGAUCGUUGCUCAUUGAAAUGAAAGAAGAGAAAAAUAAGAGAAAAACCAGCGCGAGUUCUGCGUGGUCGGAAAUGACGGAACAAAGGGAUUUCUACGUGCCUGGCGAAGUGAAGGAGAGCGACUUGAAGGACGUGGAGAUAGCUGAUCUCGAUUGAAGAGGCUCCAUCAGCUACAUCUUAAAAACAUUAAUAUUCUCGAUGACAAACGGUUGAAAAAUGAAUACCCACUUAUUUCGUCGAGACGUGUAAUUCAAACAAAAUUUAUUAUCCGAGACAUUCGCUUGUUUAGAAAUCUUUUUUUUCUAGUGCUUUUCCAAGUUUUUAUGUAGUAGAUUUACAACUUACAUGUUUUUAUGCAUUGCCAUACGUUUUGUACUAGACAACUCGAUAAUUAAUAUUUUUUCUAAAUUCAUUUAAAAAUCAUUUUCUUUUUUGUAAAUUCAAUAAAGUUUUGAUUUAAAA